AUGUUAACCAAACUAACAACGAAAUUAUACGUGAUAAAUUCAAGAGAUGAGUCCAGGGAACCGAACAGUUAUGGACAGGAACCUGCUGCUAUUCCAGUGGAUCUAAAUAACACAGGAGGCUUAGUAUCACACAUAAAUUUGGGUGAAGACUUAGUAUCCCAGCACCGAAUUCUGCUGGCUGACAUCUGCUUAACUGUUCGCCUCAACAAACAUAAGGAUCGUCCCCCACCCAAAAUAAAGUGGCAUUUGUUGCAUAAGGAGGGGUAUGCAAGUGAAUUUAGAGAGCUAGUAGUAAACAAGAUGAUAGAGAUUGGUGAAAUGGAAGGAAUGAGUGUGAAUGAGUGCUGGAAGGAAAUGGCUGAUUGUAUCCGAAGUGCGGCAAGGAAGGUGUUAGGAGAAACAAAAGGGAAGCGUAUGAUAGAUAAAGAUGGGUGGUGGUGGAGUGAAAGUAUUAGAGAAGUUUUGAGAGAAAAGAAAAAUGCCUUUAAAGAAUGGCAGAGCGUAGAAGACCAGAAUGAAUCCAUAAAAGAAAGUAAGAGAGGGGCGUAUAAAGAAUGUAAGAAGAGAGCGAAGAAGGAAGUUGCUAUUUGUAGGGCAGAGGCGCACGAUAAAUUAUAUCGGUCCCUUGAAAGCCCCGAAGGUCAAAAACGACUUUUUCAAAUUGCAAGAGCGAGAGAAAGGAAUGGAAGAGAUGUUUCACAUGUAAAAUGUAUAAAAGAUGAUUCUGGAAGGAUUUUGACUGACGAUGAAAGUAUAAAGAAGCGAUGGAAGGAGUAUUUUGAGAAAUUGAUGAAUGAGGAGAAUGAAUGGAAUGGUAUGCUUGAAAACCCACCAGUGAAUAUGGGCUUAGUGAGAGAAAUUAGUGUGGAAGAAGUAAAAAUGGCUGUUAGGAAUAUGAAGAAUGGGAAGGCGGUCGGCCCAGAUGGAAUACCAGUAGAAGUGUGGAAGUUGCUGAGGGCGGAUGGAUGGAAGUGGUUGAGUUUAUUUUUCGGUAAAUUGUUGCAGGAAGAACAAAUACCUGAGGAAUGGUGCAGUAGUAUACUAGUUCGCAUUUUUAAAAACAAAGGAGACGUUCAAAACUGCAGCAGUUACCGGGGAAUAAAGCUCAUGUCACAUACGAUGAAAGUCUGGGAAAGAAUAAUAGAGAGAAGAAUGAGAGAAGAGUGUGAGAUAACACAAAACCAGUUCGGAUUCAUGCCCGGUCGAGGUACGACAGAUGCCAUUUUCGCAUUACGCCAAUUGUGCGAAAAGUACAAGCGCGUGCAUAAAGAUCUGCACAUGGUUUUUGUCGACCUUGAAAAGGCGUACGAUCGGGUUCCCCGUGAGGUCUUGUGGUGGGCGUUAAAGAUGAAAGGUAUGCCUGGGAAGUAUGUGAGGUUGGUCCGUGCUAUGUACAGAGCAUCCCGUACAUGUGUACGAUCUGCCGCGGGAACUACGGGCAGUAUCGAUGUGGCGGUAGGGCUGCACCAAGGGUCGGCACUGAGCCCUUACCUCUUCCUACUGAUUAUGGACGCUUUGACGUCGGACCUGCAGGAUGAGGCACCCUGGUGCAUGCUCUUUGCCGAUGACAUCGUGCUUGUCGGGGAAGAAAGCAUCGAGGUACAGAGCAGACUGACGGGGUGGCAACGGAGGCUGGAAAGUGUUGGCUUGAAGAUCAGCAGAUCCAAAACCGAAUAUCUGUGCUGUGAUUUCGGCGGUCUUUCCAGUCCUGUACCCAUGUCGUUGGAUGGCGCUAUACUGCCUAUCUGCUCAGAUGUCAAGUACCUCGGUUCCCUCAUUCAAGGCGACGGCGGAAUAGAUAGAGCUGUGCAGCAUAGGAUUAACGCAGGGUGGAUGAAAUGGCGACAGGUCACAGCCACAACGUGCGAUCCCCGAAUGCCAAUAAGGCUGAAGGGGAAAAUUUACAAAUCGAUCAUCCGACCUGUCGUCAUGUAUGGAAGUGAAUGCUGGGCCGUCAAGAAGAAGGAUGAAAAUAGACUGCAUGCGAAUGAAAUGAGAAUGUUACGAUGGAUGUGUGGUGUGACAAGGAUGGAUAAGAUAAGGAAUGAGUAUAUAAGAGGAAGCCUGAAAGUAGCGCCAGUGGUAGAAAAGGUGAGAGGACGCAGAUUGGCAUGGUUUGGGCAUGUGAUGCGGAGGAAUGAAAGUCAUGUCACAAAACGAGUGUUGAAUAUGAAUGUGGAGGGACACACGGGCAGAGGAAGACCGAAUAAAAGAUGGAUCGAUUGUGUGAAGAGUGAUAUGAGAAUGAAAGGAGUAAGUAUGGAAAUGACGGCUGAUAGAGAGGAAUGGAACAAAAAGAUUUACUGCGCCGACCCCAGAUAA